GGCAAGGCCUGGGCUGGAGAGCGUCCAGACAUCCCGCCGCCGCGAGGAGCUUUACGGUUGUAAAAGCCUUCACAGUGACAUCCUAAGAGAAGAUGGGAAAGGGCUGUAAGGUUGUGGUUUGUGGCUUGUUAUCUGUGGGGAAAACGGCAAUUUUGGAGCAGCUCCUUUAUGGGAAUCAUACUAUUGGAAUGGAGGACUGUGAAACAAUGGAAGAUGUGUAUAUGGCUGCAGUGGAAACAGAUCGGGGAGUCAAGAAACAGUUACAUCUUUACGACACCCGAGGCCUACAGGAAGGCGUGGAGCUGCCAAAGCAUUAUUUUUCAUUUGCUGAUGGCUUUGUUCUUGUGUACAGUGUGAAUAACCUUGAAUCCUUUCAAAGAGUGGAGCUUCUGAAGAUUGAUAAGUUCAAAGACAAAAAAGAGGUGGCCAUUGUCGUGUUAGGAAACAAAACUGACCUUCCUGAGCAGAGACAAGUGGACGCCGAAGUGGCACAGCGGUGGGCCAGGAGCGAGAAGGUGCAUCUGUGGGAGGUGACGGUCACAGACCGCAAGUCCCUGAUCGAGCCCUUCACCCUGCUAGCCCGCAAACUCUCCCAGCCCCAGAGCAAAGCGAGCUUCCCUCUGCCUGGGAGGAGAAGCAAAGGCAACUCCAGCUCUGAGAACUAAACCCUAGGGUGCACAACUGUCCCUUGAAUGGUGACUGCCUCGAGGUGUCUGUGAACUCAUGUAAAACAGGCCAUUUCUGUCUACCUUUGGUCCUUAGGAAACCCCUAGGGAAGUAAUUUAAUGCACUUUCAGUUAUAAUUCAGUUACUGUUGCCUGACAUGAAGUAAUAAUAUAUUUGCAUUCUCCUUGUUUCAGACUUGUCCCUGAAAUUAGCACCUUUGUUAUC